AUGGAGAAGACAUAUUUCCUAUUCGAGACCGCGGCAGGCUAUGCCCUGUAUCUUGUCAACCAAUGGGAACAGAUUGGUCAUAUUGAUGCCAUGGAAGAGGUGUGCUGUUCUGCGGAUCGUUUUAAGGAAGCAGUACAGUUCAAAGCAUUCCAACCAUUCACCACCGCAUCAGAUGCGCUGGAGAACAUACGCGCUGUAGUUGACGGUGAGGUUACCGCUAUGCUUAGUGCAUUCCUAGGCCUUAAUAUGCCAAAGAAAGGAGCACAACUUGCAGUUGUAGACCCAGCACUUGGCAAAUCACUAACGGCAAAGGGAUUGAAGGUUGUAUAUGAUCCCAAUGUCAUUGAGCUUGUCAGAGGCUGCCGUCAGCAUGAGAUGAAAAAUAUCGCGAAACUUGCAUCAGGAGCAAGUGCAUUUGAUAUGGAUAAGUUCCAUGUGGGUCUCGGACAUAACUUCAGCCGCUCGAAACUACAAAUCGACCCUAGGAGACAUGAUAAACCUGUAAUCAACUGUGUGGCAUUGCUAGAUUCACUUACCAAGAACCUUAACUCAUUCGCCAUGAGGGUGAGAGAAUGGUACGGUUGGCAUUUUCCAGAACUUGUCAAAAUAGUACCUGAUAACAAAUUAUACUGUCAAGUGGUACGCAUAAUACAAUGCAAAAACAAGUUCGACUGGGAUACUCGUAUUAACGAACUUAAGGAAAUCAUACCUGAUGAUGAGGUUAUUGCUAACAUCAACAAGGCUGCAAGACAAUCUAUCGGUCAUGAACUAACUGAUGCGUGUAUGGAAAAUAUAUUCAAUUUUACUACACAAGUGGUCAAAUUAGAAGAAAUGAGAGAACGUCUCAAUGACCAUCUGUCUAACAAACUUAUGGUCACAGCACCGAACCUUAGUACACUCGCGGGAAAUAUACUUACAGGACGACUCAUUAGUCAUGCAGGUUCAUUGGUUAACCUUGCGAAAAUGUCAGCAAGCUCUAUUCAAAUUUUGGGCGCCGAGAAGGCACUAUUCCGUGCACUAAAAACCAGGUCGAAUACCCCAAAAUAUGGACUUAUAUUCCAAUCUACAUUUAUAGGUAAAGCUAGUGUGAAACACAAGGGGCGUGCUGCCCGAUACCUGGCUAAUAAAUGUGCUCUCGCUGCUAGACUUGACUGUUUCUGCGAUGUUAACACCGACGUUUAUGGUAAACGUAUGGUGGAGCUUCUGGGAAAACGCAUGGAGUAUCUUGCUGGCGGACCGCCACAUGAGACCAGUAUCGACGUUAUGCACGCUGCUUCGAAGGAGUACCAAGCGAUCAAGGCGAAGGUGGCCACUGAGAAGAGGAAACGUAGCGACGUGCAGAAAGAACACGAUGUCGCCUCGGCGGAUACCAAGAAUAUAUCGGAAGUUACCAUGGGAGAUGCUGUGACGGCUGAACAACCUAGUAAGAAAAGUAAAAAGCAAAAGAAGAAAGACAUCGGCGUGGAAAGUGCUGUGGUUGACGGUACGUCAGUUGAUAAAAAGUCAAAGAAGAAGAGGGAAAAGAGUGAAGAGGAGGCGAAAUCGCCCAAGAAGCAGAAGUUAGAAAAGUCACAAACUGAUGACACAAGAGCCUCAAAGAAGAAUGUGACGAAGACUGAAGAAUCUCAAGGUACUCCAGAAUCACCAAAAGAGGCUGCUAAACCUGAAGUGAAAUCUGAACCUGUGUCAGAAGUUCCCAAGAAAAAGAAAGAAAAAAAACAAAAGAAGGCUGCUACGGUGGAAGCCGACACCAGCGAGCCUUCGGAGAGCCCUAAAAAGGCCAAAAAGUCUAAGAAAAAGGCAGUAGAAUAG